AUGAGUGUGGUGCUUCUACCCUUCCUGGUCGCUUCGGCGCUGGCGGGCGGAAUAAUCGCCCACGUCGUCCAGCCCCUGCCCCAGUACAACCUGGAACAAAACACGGCAACUGGCGAGUACGGCUACAGCUACUCGGACGGACCCUCCGCCAAGACCGAGUUCCGGGCCCUCGACGGCACGACCACCGGCGCCUACAGCUACAUCGACGCCCACGGCCUCCUCCAGACCGUCAACUACGUCGCCGACGAGUUUGGCUUCCGCGCCGCCGGCACCAACAUCCCCUCGGCAGCCCCCGCUCUGCCCCUCGACCUCCCCGAGGUAGCCGCCGCCAAAGCCGCCCACCUGGCCGAGCACUCCCGCGCCACCCUCGCCGCCCUCAGCCACCAGCGCCGCAAACGCGGCAUCCUCGCCACCCCCAUCACCCUGGCCCAGGCUACGGUGGUGCCGUUGUCCAGCUCCAGCCAGAGCCGCGUCCAGAUCCACAAGAGCGCCCACCUCGUGGCCCAUCACCCCGUCGCGGUGGUCCCCACCCACACCUACCUGCUGCGCAAGAAACGCGGCCUCGCGUACCUCGCUGCCCCCCUGAUCGAGCACCUGCCCGUGGCCACCUCCAGGCAGAAUCGCUUCCAGAUCCACAAGAGCGCCAAGCUCGUCCAGGAGUACCACCUGCCCGUGUACGCCGCCCCGGUGCCCAUCGCCGCCCCCGUGGCCCCGUUGAUCGAGCACCUGCCCGUGGCCACCUCCAGGCAGAACCACUUCCAGAUCCACAAGGGCGCCAAGCUCAUCCAGGAGUACCACCACCAGCCCAUCUACGCCGUCGCCCCUGCCUACCUACCGGCCGCUCCCGCCAAGGAGUACCUGCCGAGCGCCCCCGCGGCCACUCCCAUCGUGGAGGCUUCCGUAGCCGAUGAAGCCGUCAAGGUGGAGAGCGCCUGA